AUGGCACCAACUACUGCCGAAUGGAAGUUUCCAUGGAUCGGGAUCGAGCUCGUCCCUACUGCUAUUAUUCGCCUUAUCCUGCUUCAAAAAAUCUGGCAAAUCGAGUACUUUGCCGGUAUCUACCUAUUAGAAAUGCGUCGAGAUCGAAAACGUGGGCCGUACAACACACCGGGCGUUAUUCCUCUCUGCGGUGCCUCCCUUAUCUCCCCACGACACCUCAUCACCGCGGCGCACUGUGUGUUAACAUUUAACCUCACGACGGUCCUGUCAGUGCCAGUCAAUCACUGGUUCCCUCCACUGCCCUACCUUCAGGCUCAGAUCAUCGUGCGUCUGGGUGAUCACUACCUGGGUAGGGUAAAUGAAAUGUGGCAGGAAGAUAUCCUUGUCGACGAAAUACUUAUCUAUCCCAGUGGGACCAACUUUCUCGAGUCUGAUAUCGCGAUUCUCAAGCUAAAGAGACCGGUAGAGUUCUCGACGGGUGUUCAACCAGUCUGCAUCCCACCGCCUAACUUUGAGUUGGCCGCUGGAACAGAGUGCUACGCGGUCGGUUGGGGUCUCACUGAGAAGUUUUUUGAGCAGGUACCCAAAGAACUUAUGGAGACCAAGAUUCCUAUAGUUUCAACGGCUGUAUGUAAAAUCCACUCCAAGUAUGUCAAAGAGGGAUUCCAUACCUGUGCCGGUGGACAAGAGAAGAAUCCACGGCAUGGUGAUAGCGGUGGCGGUCUCUACUGCAAACUUCACGAGGACGACGACCAGUGGUAUCUUUACGGCGUGACUAGCUUCGCCACUUCGCUUCAUGGACCCUGCGCCUUUGUCUAUGUGCCGCGAUUUACUGAAUGGAUCCAUAGACACGUUCUUGAAUAA